AUGAUUGGCCAAAAAACCGGUGAUGAUAAUACACUUGGAAAUCAACAAAAUAACCAACAAAAUUGUCAAAUUACAAAUGUUAUUGCCGAUGUUAAACAGGGUCUGACUGAUUACCAUCAGUCUUUCCAAGUGAAUUCUUGGAAGGAUCGGGUCAUCUUAGCUGUUGCCGUAAUUAUACUAUGUGGAAUUAUCGUUGUAUUAUAUAAAUUUGGUAUUAUAAAAUGCUGUUUUCCACUACAUAUACGUUUAGCUGAUUCUCUUCGUGACCGAACCCCACAUCAAUCUGCAUUAAAAUCCGCACGGCUACAAUCACCAGCUCACACAGGUUUUACACCAAAUCCAACUGUAAAUCAACUACCAUCCAGUCAUCAUCCUACGAGUCUCUACAAUUCACCAAUGCAGUCAUAG